CGUAACGAAGAUGCACCGUAUGUGAAUCGACACCUCACAGUGUUUGAAUCUCAAUGUCGUCCUCUUAGUAAGGGAAUUCCCGUGCCCCUCGAUGAAAAUACUCGGAAUAAAGCUGAGUGGUUCAUAUUGGAUAAUUCUCCAGAAACUGAAGUGUAUUUAGAGUAAGUACAUAAUUAAUAUUCAUUUUAUUCUUUGUUCAAUCUACUCCUUAAUUAACAAUAUUGACAUUGUUAAUUAAUUAACAGAGAACACCUAACUGAGGUGCAACAAAGAGAUAUGGCUGCCAAUCAUAAAUUGAUACAUAAGAAAGAGUUUCGUUCAUGGUUUCAUAAGAAGAUAUAUGACUUGCACCAGCUUGGGUCAUUAGAGCAUGCUGAUGAAUUACUAGCUUUAGCAUCUGGGUCAGAUCUAUUGGCUUACUCCUACCAAGCAUGUAUAGUGAACGGAGUUCGAUUUGUUUCAUACAAUCGAGAUCAGAAUCGAAUUACACAAAAUAGUGGAGUGUGUGUUGCUGGAACAGAAGGUUUUAACUAUUACGGGCAACUUGAAGAAAUACUCCAGCUGUCUUUUACUGGUUCUUAUUCGGUGGUAUUAUUUCGAUGUAAAUGGUUCAAUACAGAUCCGAAAAAGAAAAAAAAAACCAUCACUGUAAAUAAUAUUACUAGUAUCAAUGUUAGCGGUGAAUGGUAUAAAGAUGAACCGUUCAUACUAGCUAGUCAAGCAAAACAAGUAUUCUACAUCGAUGAUCUCGUUAGAGGACGAGAUUGGAAAGUUGUCCAAGAAGUGAAUCAUUGGCAAGUUUGGGACUUUCCAGAUGCUUCAGAUAUGAUUGCUGAUGUUGAUGUUGUACAUGACACCAACUCAUCGAAUUUUGUUUUGACUGUGGAUCUCGGAGAGUUGGUUGUUCAGCAAUCUGAUGUACCAGCGACUCAAGUCAACACGGCCCAUCGACCUUCUUUAGUUGUUCAAGAAGAUGAUGGAUUUAUUAAUGACAAUGAAGAUGAUAUGGCAGACAGUGUAGAAGAAGCAGAAGAUGAGGAUGAAUUAAUUGUCGACCGUAGUGAUGAUAAUACUGAUGAUGUGUGCCUGAUAGAAGUUGAUGUAAUUAGUGAGGAUAGUGACUAUUCUACUUAGUUUUGUAUCUAGUGUUCAAUGUAUUAUACAUAUUGAGAAAUAAAAAGUUCGUUUCCAAAUAGCAUGUUUCAAAUGACCUAAUCAAUUGAAAUAAUACUCAAUAAAUUAAUUAUAAAUAAUAAUUAAAUAUUAAAAUAGAUAGGUUAAAUUACUGUCGUGUUAGUAGAUGUCAGCAGAUGUGGCUAGAGCUCACGGUGGAGACGCUGGCGGUGAUCCUCCACCGGAUCCUACUAGGAUCUCGACUA